ACCAUAUUGCAUAUACAUAUAGUCUUCGAUACACUUUUCUCAUUCUUCCACACCGUCACGUGAGACGCGGGUGAUACUUCCUAACUCACCAAUUCGUAGCGGUAUUGAAAUGUACACACGGCACUUCAAUUCUCCUAGAACCUUCUUUUUUAAUUUCCCUUUUACUCCCAAAAAUCCCAAUUCAAAAACCCUAAUACCCAAUUUUGUCACCAAUUUCAUUCUCUCUCUCCUCAGCGAUUAUAUCUCUGUUUAAUGGCUGUUUACAACUCACCUGGAUUCCGAUUCCACCCUACCGAUGAAGAACUCGUUUGUUUCUACCUGAAGCGCAAGCUCGCAAGAAAUUUACCAUCCUGUUUUGACCAUCUCGCUGUCAUCGAUAUCUACAAGUUCGAGCCAUGGGACCUUCCCAGUUUGUCGAAGCUGAAAACUAAGGAUUUGGAAUGGUACUUUUUCACUGUGCUUGACAAGAAGUACGGUCAUGGUAUAAGGACGAAUCGUGCUACCGAUAGAGGUUACUGGAAGACUACUGGAAAAGAUCGCAUUGUCAAAAACGGAGAGGACACUGUUGGAAUGAAGAAGACUCUUGUUUAUCACUCGGGGCGGGCCCCACAUGGUGAUAGAACAAAUUGGGUGAUGCAUGAAUACAGGAUGAUUGAUGAGGAGUUGGCCAAAGCUGGAUUGCAGAAGGAUACUUAUGUGGCGUGUAGGAUCUUCGAGAAGAGUGGUUCGGGGCCUAAGAAUGGGGAGAAGUAUGGGGCUCCCUUUGUGGAGGCGGAAUGGGAGGGUGUUGAUAAUCGGGUGGAUCCCUUGCCGGCUGUUGAUAAUGAGCCUUUGAAACAAAUAGUUCCAUCUGUGCCGGCUAUUGAUAAUGAGCUUUUGAAACAAAUAGUGCCUGUUCCUGCUGCUAGCGGUGAUGAUUAUGUUGAAGCUGAUGACCUCAAGCAGGAGCUUGAAACUAGUGUCACAGUUGGAAGCGCUGAUCCUCCAUCAAACUUCUACUAUGGGGAGUGUAGUAGCCAUCCUCAGCUUUCCCAAACAUUUGUUAAUGAUCAUAUGCAAUUGGAAGCCAGUUUCGGUAUGUAUGAUCCAGUGCUUGACCAGCCUGAUAAUAUGGCUGGGCAAUAUGGCCAGGAUACCAAUUUAGUACAAGAUGGAGACUAUGGUGAGCUAAACCUUGGCGAGAAUCCUCUGAAUUUCAAUUUUGCAUCUGAUGAUCCAGAUCUAUAUUUUGACGCCACUGGUUAUCUUACGAGUUUGGGAGAGGAGUAUAUGGAAACCAAUGAUGUUGAGAAUCUUGACGAGAUUUCCCCCCCCGAGAUAGAUCCAUCUGUUGCUGCAAUGCUAGAUGAGUACCUUAAUUACCCUGCUGGGGAUAUUUCCAAACAUAUAUCCUUCGAUUCUCCUUUGAGUAUAGGGUGUGAAAGCCCUAUUGCCAACCCUGUACAGCCUUUCAUUGAGCAGAAUGUGGAGGACGAAGCCAAUGGUAGUUCCUUGGCAAACAAACAGGUUUCUGAAGCACAGUCUAGUAAUGAAGCUAUCCCAACGGAGGAUCCAGAGGUGUCAAGUUGGGUCUCAGGAGAUACAAAUCCUUUUGUAAAGCAGGCCAAUAAAUUGUUGGCCAGCUUACCUGCUGCACCUGCAUUUGCUUCAGAGUUUCCUACAAAGGAGUUUGCUCUUAGGAUACAUCCUGCAGCUCAGUCUUCCAGUUCAGCUCAUAUAACUGCAGGUAUGAUCAGCAUAACAGACAUUACUUUUAGAGGCAAUGCGAUGGAUUGGAUGGUGGGCAAGAAUGGAGGUUUUAAUACCAUAAUGUCUACUGGGUUUUCCCAAACGGAUGGUAAUUCGGCUACUUUGGAGCCUAUUUCUGACCUGGUCUGUAGCAAAGCCGCAUUUGUGUUAUCACAUAGUUGGGUUUUCUUGACGGGCUUCUCAGUUGUGGUUCUUUCACUGAGUUUCAAGAUCGGAAGCCUCAUGUAUACUGGUAAAUGACAGAUAUCAGGUUGGCUGUGAUAGAAUAAGCCGCAGUCAGUUAAGUAUCGUUCAUUGCACUCAUUGAAUGACGACUAGCAGUCAGUUAAGUAUCGUUCGGUGCUCUCAUUGAAUGACUAGGAUCCAAUGACUUUGUAGAUUUAUUUACGGUAAUUUAGUCAUACCAAUCUAAACAUUAUUCAUUGUAACUUAUACCCCUGCAUUUUUUUUGGGUUUCAGAGUGCAAACAGAGUUACACGUUGGUACAAUUAGUUAUACAUAUUAGUCACUAUUUACAUAAAUAGUUUUAAGUUCUAACUGA